GUGUUGGAUAACGCAAUAAGCCGAUAAGUAAUAAAGCAACCGUAACUGUUUGCAAGCCGGGCCACGUACAAGUGCAGGAAAUUAACAAAAACUCGAAGUACCAAUUAAAUCAUGGAGCACAUGCAUCGCUACGUUUCACCGGUGAAUCCAGCGGUCUUUCCACACCUAGCCACAGUUUUACUCAUAAUUGGUACAUUCUUUACUGCUUGGUUCUUCGUAUUUGUUGUCUCGCGGAAGAGCUCGAAGGAAAGCACAUUGAUUAAGGAGCUGCUGAUUAGUCUCUGCGCGUCAAUAUUCCUUGGAUUUGGAAUUUUGUUUCUCUUACUAACCGUUGGUAUUUACGUAUGAGAGGCAAGACAAAUGCAAGCAUUCCCUUUAUAAGAUAUAUAUUUAUAUAUAAACCGAACAUGAUUGAAUAAAAUUAAAUGUAGGCAUGUGAA